AUGUACGAGAAAACAACAGGUAAAGUCAAUGGAGAACAACAACACGAGGAUAAUGGGGGUGUUAUAAUUGAUAAUGAUGGGAUAGUUCUACUUCCCAACACAAAUGCACAGCCAGUUCUUGUUCAGGACCCUCAGCUUCCUCCUUUUCCACCAACAACUUUCAUCACUAUGUCCAGUGCAAUGCUUACUUAUCCAAGGUAUGUAUAUGGCUAUGGUGUUCCCACCGAUGGCGUGACUUUACCCAUCGGAGUCAACGUCGGUUCUCCUGUAUUGCUUGAUGACAUAUCGGAUUAUCUUGUGCCAUUCGAUUUAUUGGCUAGAGACGAUGAUGACAUGAUGUCAGGGUUAUCAUCUGAUACCACACAUCCAGAAUUGUCUUUCGAUGAUAAAAAGAGUGCUGCAUUUGAUUACAUUGAGACGUCUCUUUCCAAAUUCGACGAUGGACCUUUUUUUCUGGGUCAGUUCAGUCUGGAGGAUAUAGCUUGUGCGCCAUUCAUUGAAAGAUUUCAGCCCUUCUUGCUGGAUUUGAAGAACUAUGACAUUACUGUAGGCUGGCCAAAACUGGCAACAUUGAUUGAGGAGAUGAAUAAAAAUGAGGCUUACAAUCAAACUCAACUCGAUCCAAAGGAGCUUGUCGAAUUCUAUGAAAAAAAAUUCUUGUCCUGA